UUCAAAGCAGAGGGCGACGACCACAGCCCGGCCCUGAGCCAAGAGAACUAUAACCCCGACCAUGAUCUCCCUCCUCUCGUCCACACCACCGAGCGCAAGCUCAUGGCCAAGAUCGAUUGGCAUGUUUUGCCUUGCCUGUGUAUUCUUUAUUUGCUCGCCUUUCUUGACCGUGUGAACAUCAGUAAUGCUGCGAUUCUGGGACUGAAGACGGAAUUGGACAUCGAGACUGGCAACAAGUACAACACCGCCUUGACGAUCUUUUUCGUGCCUUACAUUAUUUGCGAAAUCCCGUCGAACAUUUUGCUCAAGAAGUUCAGCCCUCAUGUCUGGCUGACAUUCUGUAUGUUCAUGUUUGGCGUGGUCAUGAUUUGCCAAGGAUUAGUUUCAAACUGGGGUGGAUUAAUGACCACUCGCUUCUUCUUGGGCCUGUUUGAAGCCGGCAUGUUUCCUGGAUGCUUCUACUUGCUAGGAAUGUGGUAUACCCGAGCCGAAGCUCAAAAGCGUUUCAGUUUCUUCUUUAGUUCGACAACUCUUGCAGGCGCUUUCGGUGGUCUGCUCGCCUACGGUAUCUCUCAAAUGAACGGAGUCCGCGGAUAUAUGGGCUGGCGCUGGGUCUUCAUUCUUGAGGGUCUGAUAACCUCCGUGGUUGCGAUAAUCCUUUUCUUCUUUAUUUCUGAUUUCCCGGAGGAAGUCAAGUGGUUGACUGACGAGGAACGCGAAUUUGUGCGCGCAAAGCUGGCGAGGGAUGUGGGCAAGUCUGCCCAUACAACAAAGAUAGGAACACGCCAAGUGCUGGAAGUCUUCAAGGACUGGAAAAUCAUCAUCGGUGGCUUUAUGUAUUUCGGUCUCAUCGUUCCGGCAUACGGCUACGCUUACUUUGCUCCAACUAUUAUCCAGUCCUUUGGCUAUGAUCCUGUCAAGACCCAGCUCUACUCUAUUCCGCCAUGGGCCGCUGCGUUUGGUUUCUCAAUGGUUGUCGCCUUCUUUUCCGAUCGCUUGCGCCACCGUUUUGUGUUUACAUUGAUUCCAAUUGCAAUUGCCAUUACUGGGUUCUCCAUGCUUCUAGGAAUCCACGACAAAUUUCACGUCGAGUACGGUGCUUUGUUCUUGGUGACUUGCGGUGCCUACAGUGCGAUGCCGGUCAUUGUUUGUUGGUUUGCUAUGAACCUGGGCGGCCAUCACCGUCGAAGCGUCGGUACAGCCUGGCAGGUGGGAUUUGGCAACAUCGGCGGUAUUAUUUCGACAUUUGCAUUUAACACUGACAAGGGGACUUUUACGACUGGUUACAGUGUCUGUGUGGCAUUCUGCGGUUUGUCUGUUAUAGCCUGCUCUAUAUACUAUGUGGCGCUUGUGUUGGACAACCGCAAGAAGGAUGCUAUCUCAGCGAACCAGGACCCAAAUGCCAUUUCGGAGACGGAGGAAGAGCUGAUGGGUGAUCUGGCACCGAACUACCGGUACAACUAUUAA